AUGAUCACUCCUCCGUAUAAUACGAAGCGAUCCUCUUCUCCCAAUGUCAAAGUCCGCACAUUCGCGCAGCGCGGAGAGGCGGAGGAUCUUGACGACGGCAAACCGAGAAACUGCGAAAACAAGAACGCAAGCCCCCCUCCACGCCGUCAUUACGACAAGAAGCGGAAGACCGAGCGGAACAGUUCGGACGCUCUCGAAGCAGCCUUGACCCUGCCCAGCUUUGCAUGUGCUGCCUCUCUCCUCGAUCCAAUGAAGUUCUCGCACGCAAGGGCCGCCGGCUCAACGGAAGGACAGCACAUGGAUGUUGACCUGGCCAUGGUCCAUGAAGUGGACGAGCCAAGUAGCCUUCCAAGCACAUUCUCAGUUUCUUCACCUUUGAAUGGUACAGUGGGAAUUGCUGCUGGCGAAACGGCAGACACAGCCGACUGUGCUAUCCCACCACCGGCCUCCUACUCCUCCUCCUCCUUGAGACACACGUAUCGUACUUACAUUCCCAUUCUCAGCUCAGAGUAUCCCCUGAACUAUCUCUCCACUGAUAUUGAGCCUUGCGCAGCAGCAGAGACCCAGGACAAUUACCAGAAUCAUCAUCAUUACCAUCAUUCUUUCUCAAGAACAGGUUUCCCCAUCUACGAAGACCCCGACGACAUCGAGAUUCAAUUCCAAGAGAUCAGAGUGAACGUCUUCGCUCCAUCGGACGAAGACAAGGAGAAUAUCGACGAGGGAAUUUGGAAUGGUGAGCCCGCAGAGGAAGGAGGAGGAGGGGAGAGUCAACACGAAGACAGCAGCACCCGUAACGGCAACACCCACAUCAUCGAGACCCAUGACCUCACCCUCAACACCAACCUGGACACGGACGCAGACAUGAACAUGGAGAUGGAUCUCGAGCUCGAUCUCGAGAACAUCACCAUGUUCCCCGCCCCCGAGAACAGUCUCUCCAGCACGCCCACCACCCAUUAUUCCAUGGACACAAAUGCCUUCAACUGGGAUGCCAACGCCAACCUCACCACCAUCCUCACCCCCAUCACAGGCGAUGCCAGCACCUCAUAUGCAGCGUUUUUCGACGAGCCCGAGGCUACCGUCGGACCGUGGACGCACGUCCCGGACCUCGUGGCUCCUUUCUCGGUAGUGCACACGAGCCAAGAGCUGCCUAUGGAUGAUGGCACAGACCCCGCUGAACUGGUUCCAGUCGACGAAAUUACUAUCAACCCUCCUCCCGAGUUUGACUUCGCAGAGCACGAUCAGGUCACGCCAGAUGCGAGUGGCCUCUGGCUACCCUGGUCCUCGCAGAGCCUGACAGCGUCGGAGAUGGCUGCGCUUGCGCUCUCGGUGGCGAGGCAGCGGGAGGAGCAGAUGCAGGGGGGUCAGAUACUGCAGCAGACACAGGCACAGAAUGAUGCGGCUGCGGGAGGCAAAAAGGUACGCCGUGGUACGAGAAGACUGUAG